AUGCCAGACGUGCAUGAAUCCGUCGGAUCAAGUGCGGUGAGGAAAAGCCAUCUUGUCUUCUCUGCUCAACUACCGGCCGACGAUGCGUUGGACUCCUCACGUCGAGCAGGUCUAUCCCACAGCGAUGCAGCUGUCCAAUCGUCUCCCUUCUCUCCAGCUCAUAGCACCAAUGAGAGACGAGCUUUGAAUUCUACUUCUACAGAGCGGGUCCCUCUAUCGCGGGAAUUCUUGACGUGGGCUUCUGGAACGGUAUUGUCCUGCAGACCCGCAGAUCCGAACCAGCCGUUUGGGAUGCAGUGA